UGACAUCGCGCGGGCUCUGUCGAGUCGAGUUGUAUGUUCAUGUAUGCAUGUGAUUUGAAACUCUUUCCUGGUGGCAACAUUCAUGUGCGACUUGUCGUUAUUGUCUGAAAUCCAAAACAGGAUAGACUCAACGGACACAGUCCACGAACAGAUAGACACGUCCUUGUUUGUUACGCCUAGCUCCGUGGCGGAGAGGCUGUCAAAGAUGGCUGUGGCACCGAACAGUUCAGAUGCGUGCCUGAGUAUCGUUCACAGCCUGAUGUGUCACCGACAAGGGGGUGAGUCAGAGUCGUUCGCGAAGCGGGCUAUCGAGUCUCUCGUCAAGAAACUCAAAGAAAAAAGAGACGAGCUAGACGCCUUGAUUACCGCUAUAACGUCUGGUGGCACGCAUCCUUCCAAAUGCGUUACAAUUCAACGCACAUUAGACGGAAGAUUACAAGUCGCCGGUCGGAAAGGUUUCCCCCAUGUCAUUUACGCGCGAAUUUGGAGGUGGCCCGAUCUGCACAAGAAUGAACUAAAGCACGUCAAGUACUGUCAGUUUGCUUUUGAUUUAAAAUGUGACAGCGUUUGCGUGAAUCCUUAUCAUUACGAGCGAGUCGUCUCACCGGGUGAGUAAAAAAAUAUCAAGCUCCAAUAUUUUACGAAUUCGACGGGUCGAUCGACGGUUGAAGGUUGCCUAUGGCUAUUAUUGCAGAAACGCAGUCGACAAUAGUUUAGUCUACGCUUGGAUCCAUUUUCCUAUUUCCUUGAUCGACUCAGGGACUGUUUGUUAAGAUUUGGUAUUACUUGUGUGUUUUGUAAAUGCAAAAUAAGACUAAACUUAUGAACCGUUAUUCACAGAUAUUACGGGAUUGGCAUUGUCGAGGAAUCCAGGUAGGUUGUGAAUCCAUAAGUACUUUACAGCGGUAGAUGUCAAUGUUUUGCUGUUUAUCACAAACGACUCGAACGGAGAGGCCGUGUUUUUCUAGAAUUUUUUUUUCAAUCUCAUUCCUCAACACUCUCGGCUUGUAUGCCCAAACAUUUAUAUUUGUACGUGGGUACUGUUUCUCAAGAGUUUUUGUUAAAACUGUCGAUUUCUUGCCUUUGAAACAGACAAAAGUUACCACGGGUUCCGACGUGCAAUUAUAUUCAUGGCGAUAUCUUUGUUCCAUUCCAGACUUUCUGUCUGCUCGAAAACACGUGGCUUGGCCAUCUUUUUUGUUUUCAUUUAGGAGUACAUGCUUGACUGGGAUCAGACAAUGGAACUGGUCGUUUCCCCUUCUAUUGUUGAGAAUGUGAUCAUUUGUUCGAGAACGCGGAGAUCGAGCUCCCCAAAUAUUCGCCUAGAUCUUUCUUUGACUUAAAUCAUUAAUCCACAAAAGAGAUCUUAAUUACGGAGGCGAUAGAAAUAGCUAACAAGGAGAUUGAACUUAUGGUGUCACGACAUGCAUCAUUCAAGUUAUUGUACUCUCACAACUCUCCCAAGAGCAGCUAUUCAAAUCACAAAAGCCUGUAUUACUCUUGCUCUUAAGCUUAUUGUGGCAAUCAGAACAUACAUUGAGUAGAAAAGUCAACAAUUUGUUUCAUUCCAGUUAAAAUACUAAGACUACAAUCUGCUUUACUGUUGAGGUAGCGGCAUUAAAAUGUUCGAUUUUGGUUAGUUCGUUUAUUUGGCUUUUUCCGGAUUUGACAAACACGAGUCUUGACUUGAUGGUGUUUCGAUUUCAAAAGCUAAAAGAGAUAUUUUAGGUUAUUUACCUAUUAUUGUAUGAGUUGUCUAAUGCCCUUAAAUGAUUCAUAACGUUAAAAAAGUUAUAAGAAAAAAAAAACAUGAUCCUGGUAAACAAUUGUUUUUAAUUCUGGGUGAGGUUGUUUGAAAAUUUAUGAGGAUCGAUUAUCACUCGUUCCUCAAGUCUAUUACCGUCUUUUCAGCCAAAUAGUGUCUCGAACUGUCAACACAAAUUAAAACGCUCAAAAUCAUAAAUGGAUAAAAAUUACAACUGGUAAUUUUAUAAUUAGGUGAUGGGCUGCUGUUGACAUUGUUUGACAAAUAGUUCAUCUCUUCCUGUUGGUAUGCUCUCUCUCUGUAAUUGAUUUCUUUGAGAUCUUGCUCUCUAAAAGCAUAAAAUAACCAAGUGUUACAAUGAGCUCUCUUGUAGGAAAAAAAUGAGUACUUUCUCUCACUCUGUCUGUCUCUGUCUAUCUCACUCUGUCUGUUCAAAUUGAACUUUAAAAAUGCCAUUAGUAGGGAAAGAAAGCUUUGAAAAGCAUCAGCACCUUUCAUUUCUUUAAAUUGAUGUAUUUACCACACUUUUAGUUCUAAUAGAAAAUAAUGUAUAUAAUGGUUUAUACUGUGCUAUGGAGCAUGAAGGUCUUAGUCUGUAUUUAUUUGAAAGAAAAGCUCCUUUAGCUUUCCUCAAUAGUUUAAGCUCUGUGAAAAGCCAUCACAUUUCUUGUGAAAAGGAAACGACAUAUUUUUCAAAUCUUGUUUUAAUUGUCAAAGUUUUGAAUACCAGAAUUCUAUGAUUGAUGUUGGGAAUUUGCUGACUUUCAUAAUGAUUUUAAGUUUUACAGUAAAUUGAACAUAGGGGGUUACUGUUUAAUCUUGAUGUUUACCUUGAAAUAUCAAAUUCCUUAUUUUAGGACCUUUUGCUAAUGAACACCUCCUCUAUCUAUUAAGGACUUUUCAUCAUUUCAAUACAGAUGAAAGUGGAAAAUAUUGCACAUAACUUUGUGAAGAAAUUCUAAGGAUGAAAUCUAAUUUAAAUUGUGUUGUGCUCUAUUUGCUUUGAAAGUCAUGGUUUUAAAUUUUUUAUGCCUUGUGAGAAAUUACUUUUUUUAUGAUUUUCCAUCUUAAGGUUUUUUUAUUCUUUUUAAUGGCACAAGCUCUCCAUAGAUAUUCUAGAGAGCCUUGACUCAUUGCUGGAAUUUUAUUUUUCAGCAUUUUAAUUAAAACCCCUAUUCAUGAUGUAAAGCUGGGGAUUUAACUUAGUCUUGAGAAGUACUUUUGCUAGAAGCUAUUUGUGGAAAGGCAGUUCUUUGCUUUUAACACUUUUAUGAAGUUUUCACAUCACCCAAUAUGUGGAGGUGGAUGUAUGAAUCCAAGGCCAGAUUUAGAAGGGUUUUUAAGGGGUUGCAGCUUAUCUUUUUGGGAUUUGUAGUUUGGAACAAACCUUUUUCAUUGGAUGUUGAUAUGUCUGUAGAUUUACUGGUAAAUGAGUGUGUGCUUCUUUAACCAGUUUCCAGUGCUCUUCCUUAUUCUUUUUCUGUCCUUGUUCACUCAUGAAAACAAUCAGGAUUAAGAUGAAGGAGGAACUUUAGAGAACUUUGCACCACUAAAAGCACUAAAAGCCAGAGAUUACGGAUCUCUUGCUGUGGCAUGACGCACGUGGCAACUUUUCAUUCUGAUAGAUUUAACAGUGCUGUUGGGAAGUGAUAUUGUUUAUCACAUUAGGUGAUUGUUAAUUUUAUGUGUGAAGUAGACUGCAAUGUUUUGAUUUUGUAGUGUUUGUAUUAAGGGAGAAAUGAUUAUCAUCACUAUUUUUGGUGUUAAACACUAAGGCAGAAGAGGCAAGAUAAUUUCAAUCCUCCGUGGUUAAUAAGAAAAUUGUGUUGUGUUUUGCUAAAGCCACUGAAGGUGGAAUAGAAGUUACAUUUCCUUGCUAAAUAGUUCAUAUUUAUUUUCCUGCAAUCUGCUACAGCUAUUACAUUAUUUUGUGGUCAAACAAAUGUGUAUCAAACUGCAUUUUUUUAGCAGCUGAAAUGGUACUUCUGGCUUUGCCUCAUGAUUGUAGGUGACUUUCUAAGAAUUAUUAUAUUUUGUGGCUUUCAGGAGACAAUUCUUAGAAAAACAAAUUUACAUGAUAACAUUGAACAGUAGCAUGACAUGCUUCAUUGGGCUUGCAAGGCAAAUUGUGGCAGUGUUACCCUUUUUUGUUUUUUUGUUUUCUGACCUGAAGCUUUGAAAUCAAAGCAUCAGGUAAGACAGACUGGUACCAGUUCAACAACCAACAAUUGAAGAGCAAAAAAAUGCUUAGAAACUUGAUAGCCCAAUCCAGCAGUCAGACAAGUUUUAUAUUCCAAUGAUUAUUUUUCUGCUAUGUUGCCAAAAAUGUAAAUCCUAGAAGUCUUGACGCAUGUCUGCAAAUUGAAUUAUACAAGGCUGUAGUGAUUAUAAGAAUCUAUUGAAUCAUGUUUCAAAAGACUUCUCAAAUGUCUUGAAUGUUUUCAGCCUUAAUUUUCAAGGGACACAACACCCAGUAUAAGUAAAUCUAAGUUAAGUUCUUAAAACCUGUUUACAUUGGUCAGAAUUAUGACAGAUUGACUCGAAUAAUUGAAUAUUCUGUUUAAUAUUUUAGGAAUGUGUUUAUGUUAUUAAUUCAAACACAGUUAUAUUUUUCUUAAAGAAUAUUAAAUAAACAUAGAUUUUGGUGAGGGAAAUUUAGGAAAAAGUCAUGGCAUGUCACAAUGGGAAAGAUCAAGGGUCGGUUUUCUUUGGAAGAUGAUAAAAAAAAUAUUUUCAGUUGGAGAGUGUUCUGCUCUCUUCUGCUUCAUCUCUUUAAAAGUAAAUUUUCUCAUAUCAUAAUAAUUUUCUAUCCACUUUCUAAAUCUCAGAAACAUGCUUCUUUUCUGUACACAUGAGUGCCGAGGAAACAUUUCGCUAAUGCUCUUUUCUAAAGUUGAAGAAACAAUACCACUUUGAAAGAUGUAGUCAUAAUUGGAAAUUUUUAGAGAAAGAAUAGUUUACCAAAUACACUGUAUGAUAUCAUAUUUGAAGUAAUUUCAAUGUAGUUUUGUAGUGGGUGCUUGUGCCAUGGCGCCUCAGGUCUUUUUCUCAAAAAUAAGAGAGCUAAAAUCUCACUCUAUAGAGAUUCCUGUUUUAUAAGAAUCUGUAAUAUAUGGAAUGUCUUACCAGAUAACAAAAGAGCUUAAAAGGAACUACCAUCUUUCAUCAAAAAACUAUUAUCUUUCUUUUAUCUAAGACUUAGCAAAAUUUUCAAUAAAGACAACAUCUGUUCAUUUAAAAAAGUUUGUGUAAAAUGUCGUUCAAUGCUCUUAAUUCUUAUACAUGUUAAUCAACUAGUUUUUUCUUUUUAUCUUUUGUUAAUGAUUUUAUAUUUUGUUAUUUCCUAGCAUAGGGGCUUGUAAGUGGGUUGAGUUUCAAUUUUGUUUUUUUGUAGGGGAUGGGAAAAGGUAAAGUAACUAGUAGGAGACAACCUUGUCCUAUUGUAAAUUUAUGUGCCUUAGGCAAAUUGUGAGAUAAACAAAGUAGAGUGACAAAAAUGUUACUGUGCAGAUCAUGUACAUGCAUUUUUCAUUGGUACAGAAGCUCUCAUUUCUUUGCAAUAUGGACUGCUGUGUAAAGGAACUGACAAGAUGAAUAAUCACAUGGAAAGAUAAUCAUGACAAACAAACAAGACAGUGAAUCUGUUUUGGCAUCUUUGAUGAACAGUAGCUCAAGAAAAGCCCCCGAGGCAGUAGUCAGGGGAAAGAAACAACUGGAAUUAUUGCAAGGACAAAACAAAGUGAUCAUAUGAAAACCAAAUGUCAUUUAGCAGAAAGCCAGAUGCAGCAUGUAGGCUUGAGGCUAAUAAAUAAGUUAUUCCCCAGGAAUAUGAAAAAUGAUGAAUUUAAUGGAAAAGUUUGCACUAGAGACCAUACUAUUCCUAUCUUUGCCUUAAGGAACAUAAAUGAAUUAUGAAUUAUGGGGAUUUAUCUCCACAAAAAGGAGCCACACAGAAAGGGAAUAUUUUGUCAAAAAAUUGCCUGCAAUAGGUAACCAAGGUUAACUAUUUCUGAACCAUCAUUGUUAUUUUGCAUUUGCAGGUACAGUAGCUUAGUUAGUGAGUUUCUCUUCAAAUAGUGGGGUCUAUAGUCUAAUUUUAAACAAAUUCAAAGACAGUUUUGGAACUGCCACACUUACACCUAUGGCAGCUUCAAAUAUUCAUUUUAGUAAUGGGAUUUUACUCCUUUAACCACCAAGAGUGACUACAUGGCUUCCAAUUUCUCUUAACAGUAACAGUCUUGAUUCAAAUGUAAAGAUCAGGUGGGGAAAGGAAAUCAUCACCAAUUUAAGAAGCUCCUGAUUGUCAAAAAAAUUCUCCUUUUCAGUAUCAGAGGAAAUGUGAAGAGACAAGUGUGGAGAAUAUAAAUGUUAUCGUUAGGGUGUAUAGAGUUUAUAGCUAGAUUAUUUUGAGUCUGUAUUUCAAAAACUUAUUUAUUGUUCCUUUUGUUUUUUUUUCUUUGGUCAUUAGAUGGGGCCUAUGCCAGUAAUUCUCAAUCAGAUCCAGACUUCCGCCAAGCUGUUGGUCCAACAGCACAUCAUUAUCCAGGUUUGGUCACUACAAAAAACGUGCUGUUUGAUAAUAAUGUUUCAGUGGAUUUAUCAACAAUUUACUUUGCACCACGUGUACCAAGUUUCCAUUCAGUUUAUGCCAUGCAGUUGUAAAUCUUGUUAAUCUACUGUUUGGUUGAUAAAUAUUACAGAUAGUUUACGUAGAUACAACUUAAACUUCUGUGUGUAAAAAAUUUGGAAAAGUUUGUAAACCCCACUUACCUUGGACAUUUGAUCUAUAAACUUGUUCCCUGAGUUCUCUGUAACUCCUGUAUGGGUUAGUACAGCUACUGAAACUGACAAAAAGUGUGGUUUAUCACCUAAAUACAACAGUUAUGGUGACAACUUCAAAGUCACACCUGAUAGUUAUGACUUAGCCUAAAAGGGGAGUAAACCUUUGAUUAUAUUUCCAUGGUUGUUAACAAAAGCAGAUACCCCUAUAGAAAAGAAACAAUAGCUGACAAUUCAUUUGGUGAAUUAUCACUUACACAUAAACAUUUACUGGCAGGAAGCCAAACAAUUCCUUCAGUUGUUGGUUCUCCACAUGAUAUGUACCCUGGAAUGCAUCCAUCAGGAGAUCCCUCUAUGGGUCAUGUUGCCUCAGGUAUGACACUUGAUCACUUACAGUCUAACAUGUCUUCUUCAGGGUAAAGAAAGUUAUAGUUAGGUUGGUUCUAUGUUCAAAUGAAUGAUUUUCAAUUUUGAAACCUCGAAAGAAUUAAGUAAGUGUUUGUUAUCAAACUUUGAACUUUAAGCAGAAAACUUAUGUGUAUGUAGACAUUCCUGGAAAAUUAAUUUGAGGUAAAAGGUUUCCAUUCAGAUUUCCCUUUCACUUUUACUUUUUUUCAUCUCAGUAAUUUUAAUAAUCUAAAGGGUCAUUCUUGUGAUACUUGAUACCUGACAUGUUUUUCCAUGUUGAAAAGUCGUUGUAAUUUUAUAUUAUGUUGUUAAACCCCUUGUCAUUCUCUUGCUAAUUUUCUCUCUGUUCAUUACCUGUCUGCUUUACGGAGUGUUGAAAAUUGAGGGAGAAUUUUUCAAACUGAUCACUCCAACAAAACCAGAUUUACAGAUGUUAUAAUGUGUUUGUGUAAAAUGUUCCCUUCCUCAGGACCUCCCACUUGGGGUACACCGGGAUCUGCCACCUACAACCCUGGACCACACCCAGGGGCUGGUUAUUGUAAGUUUAAUGAAUAUGGUAAAUUCAUUUUCAUUUGACAACAGUGAGAGGGACUUCAUCAAAUCGCUUUCAGUCAGUCUUUUUUGUGCCCCUCUCCACUAGGUGGCAUUAAUGUAGCUCAGAUUUUUCAAAGGUGGAGGGGGGUGGUCACAGUUACACAUUUCCAUGCACAUGAGGUGAAGCACCUUAUACUAAUCUUCUACCUUCUGUACCAAUGAGGUUGUAUUCAUGUGGUGAUAAGGACAGCAAAUGAAGUAUCUAGCUUUGAGGAAGAUCUUUUCUGGGUAGAGUGUAGUCGAAUUUUUCGCAAAUGUGAAAAAUCACAGAUGAUCCAUGAAGGAAUGAGGAUAACACAGGGUGGCUCUGAGCUCCAAGUCAAGGGAGAAUGAUUUUAAAAACUUUAUAUCUCUGUGUUAAGAAUUUUUUUCUUUUUUUCAAGAAGAAGCUUAAGAUCUUAAUAACGGAAUUAAAAUGCGAGAUUUUCCUUUUGAACGAAAAAAAUAAAAAUGAAAUACUAAAAUACUGUUAACAUAAAUGAAGGUUUCGAUGCUGGAAGUUAAAUGUUGUCGAUAAUUUUUAUCAUCUCUAGGGACUCAGGAUCAGGCAUCAGAGGUUCAAGAUGGCGCUCCAAUAUCUAAACACCCCCGUAAGUACACUCACUCACCUCAUGUACGAUAUUAUACAAUGGAUAAGUUAUUUUCCGGGUGGGAGGUCCGUAAGGGAACAAACUCUGCCCGAAACUUGACAGAAACUUGAGUGCAGCCUGAGCCCUAGGGCCGUACUCAACACCGAAGGCACACUUUUUCCCAUACGGACCGACCGGUAAAUAAUUUUUCUUUUCCGGCUGGUUUACUUUUAUCCGCUUUGCCCGCCAUGAUCCGUAUUGUUUGAGCUGGACCGGUUUCGAGCGUUCGAUUAGCCAAUUAGAGGAUUUGAGAUUAAUAGACUAAGUGACCUUUUAAAGAGCAGUUGACGAGAAUGAAAGUUAAAGCUGAGGUAAAAUUACCGUGACAAGUGAAAAAUGUGUUGAAGGAAGGAUGAAAGGCAGUUAUUUAAGGGUCGCGCGAUUUAGGCUUCUCACACACUCGCGCCAGCCAAAAAGAUUCCCGAAUUGGGUGCCCCCAACGAAGUUUUAUCUUUAUCGUCUAAUUUUAUUUAACUCUUCCUCUUCUCGCAACAGCUCCAGAAAACUGGUGCUCGAUAUCAUACUUCGAACUGGACCAGCAGGUUGGAGAGAUUUUUAAGGUGAUGUCUUCGUGUCCGUCAGUCACAGUGGAUGGUUAUGUUGAUCCUUCGGGUGGGAACAGGUUUUGUCUUGGUCAGCUCUCCAACGUCCACAGAACCGAAGCUAGUGAGAAGGCGAGGCUACACAUAGGUUAGUGGCUCAAUGUCUGUUCAUGAAACUUUGUAAGUCUUUAUUGAUCGAUUCAGUGGUGAAUCUUCCCUCAGUAGAAGGUCUACACUCUUUCGUAUAACCUUUUUGUCAGUGCAGACACCCACGAGAUCUGUGUUCGCGCGGUUGUUAAUGAAGAAAGAUUUGUUUGGAAGCCACAUAUGUGGUAGGGCUCUUAUCAGCCCUUAUUUUGGUUUACUUUUGGGAUCUUUGUGUCACAAAUUCUCCCGGGCUGGAUGGGAGUCAAACGGAACUCACCAGCCUGUCAUUUAGGCAGAGUGUCUUACGAGCUAUGUAUUACCCUUAGAAACAAGCUGCAAAGCAGAACCUGAACACAAGGACUGUCCUCAUGAAUUAGCCCUUUCUAUCUUUGUGUGUCUUUUUAGGAAAAGGAGUCCAGCUAGAUUUAAGAGGUGAAGGUGAUGUCUGGGUGAGAUGUCUCAGUGAACACAGCGUCUUUGUACAAAGUUAUUAUUUAGAUAGAGAGGCAGGGCGUUGCCCCGGGGACGCUGUACACAAAAUCUACCCAUCCGCGUACAUUAAGGUGUUUGACUUACGUCAGUGUUAUCGACAAAUCAAGCAACAGGCUCAUGCUGCCCAAGCUGCCGCUGCAGCUCAAGCCGCAGCCAUUUCCACCGGUGUGGGGCCUGGUGCCUUGUUACCACAGAUAGGAAUGAGCGUGGGUGUCGAUGAUUUGAGAAGGCUUUGUAUACUACGACUGAGCUUCGUGAAAGGCUGGGGACCUGACUACCCAAGAAAAAGCAUCAAAGAAACACCGUGCUGGAUAGAAAUUCAUUUGCAUCGGGCGUUACAGCUUCUCGAUGAGAUAUUGAUUACAAUGCCGAUCAACGAGCCCCGCCCACACGACACGUGAUUGACAUGUAGAUACACUUUGUUGGCUUCGCUGACAGUGCGUGAAACGGUUGGCGUGGCUUUGAUAGUGAUAUCAUUUUUACAAAUUAUUUUAUUUCCCUCGCUUCCUAAGGAACGGCCAUUUUGUAAGCGGUUUUUCAGCUCCUGCUAUUUCCUAAAAAAGGCAAAAUGAUUGUUUUGUCUUGAUAAUGCGAAUUCAUUCUAAGAGCAUUCAAACUCUCUGUGUGGGAUUAUUUUUUACGCCUAGUACUUUAUUGAAAGUUACUUCCAAGGUCCGUCAAGCGAUCACCACUAACUGUCUUCGUAAAAGCUGUGUUGGACUUAAUUCGUUUCUCACGUAAAGAAGGACAAGUAUGUUAUAGUGGAAGAGAUAGUCAAAAUGGGGAGAUCAGUAAAUAUCUGAAAUAGUUAUGAUGCAGCUUAUAUCAUCCAUAGUGGAAAUUAGGUUCUUGGCUCUAAAUCAGCUCCUAUAACAGUUUCUCUUGGAGGCAAAGACCUAAUCGCAUGCAUUUGUUUUUAAUGCUAAAUAACAAGAAUCGUGCGCUUGCGCGCUCAAAAGAGAGGGACGACGAAGGUUUUUAAAACUGUAGUUCUACAUUUAGGUAGAUGAAUGGUGCUUUUACGGUGUAUUGGAAUGAAUAUAAACAUUGUCAUUUGAGGUGAGAUCUCUCUAACCUACAACAGCACAACUUAUAUGCGAUUUAUCAGCGAUUGGCUCAGGAUUACCAUUUAUCUCCUUGAUGUUGUGCCUAAUUGACCAAAUGAAGAUUUAAAAAUAUAAUUAACAGGCUGUGUAUAGAUAGGUACUGCAUUUAAAAUGCAUUUUAUCAACCUACUUGCUUUGAAGGAGCUGUUGAAGUGCUCAAGAUGAUAUAUGGUUCUUUUUCCUAUGUGUGAUGGGGUUAAACAAAUUCUUGAGUGUUUGUUAUGUUUAGAUACAGUGUUAUUAACUGUUUGACAUCGGAAGAGCAGAUCAGAGUGAUCGAUCACGGUGCAUUAUGGUAGAGAAUAAUACUAUUUGCUCUAGGUUAGAAUGGAGUGUCUUAACCAGACUAAUAGCAUUCCCGUGGUUAUUUUGAUAGCAUUCAGUAGGAAGGGAAAUAUAUAGCCAAGCGAAAAAUAAAUGUUUGAGUGGACGGGGCGGGUUAAGCUUAACCCAACAACUAUUAAGGUAAACAAGGGUAUGCUAAUAGUCUCGUCAAAUUUGAUACGCCUUUCUCCUAUCUGUUUGCUUAAUUAAUCGGUAUUAACUAACGUAAUUAACUGUUUAAGUUAAUCUUGCAUAUACCAAAAGUACUACACCUUUUCCAGAAUGGCAACCGAGUGGAAGGGGAAACCGAGAAAUAAUCGUCAAAUUAAUCGAAACUUUUUUUGCUAGCAGCAGAUUCAUUCACUUCCUCUUUGUCGGUCUACAAGGUAAAUUUUGGUCUUAUGUUUGUGGAUGUAUGGUAGAGUUGAUUUUCUGGAGUGUUGUAAAACGCGAAACCAAAGAAAUCAUAGAGUCAAUAAAGACUUGUGGUACUCACAAGCAAACUGCCUUAAGGGCGGGAAACGCGAGUUCAAAGGUGGAAGUAGUACAAGAUUUGUAUAUCUGAUUGGCUGAGGAGAUUGUCCAAGUUUUCUGGAACAGUCAUAGGGCAAAGCAUGGCGAAACCAGUGCAAUUUGGAAUUACCCCGACACUUGCCUGAAAAUCGUUCUCUCUACACGGUCCUACAAACUCUUCUGAACAUGAAACGUAUUAAGUCUAAUUUCACCGAUGAUACUAAUUGGUUUCGAUAAAUCUCCAGUACGCAAUCUUUGGACUAUGCACUUUUUUGCUGUGAAAAUUAGUUUUCGAUGUGAUAACUUUUCAUCUCGGUCGCCACUUUGGAGAAGCUUCAAAGGCUCAUGCCCAUUUUAAUGUCUCAAUUUGUCUGUGAUAGCCUUGUUUUACUUUAUGUUGCUAAUGUAGCUCUGUUGUACGUAAAAUGUUUCCGACAUUUUUAAGCAACGAAUUUCAUGUGUAAUUGAAAACCGUUGCAUUGUAGAUAGCUCAGUGAUAGAAAUGUAUUUUCGUAAAGUUAAUGAGCUUUAUAGACUUAAUUUCUUAAGUCAAAUUGUAAAUUUUACUCAGCGAUUUGUUUUUCAAGAAAAGUCUUAUUAAGGUAUGUAAAAUGUAUCAUUGUAUGAUUUGAGACUUCAAGCGGAAUUUAAGUCGUGGGGUCGGUUACAGAGAUUUUUCAUAUUGUUUUAGCGAUAUAACUGUUCAUUAAUAAGUUAUGAAGUAAAAACGAAAAUUGAAAGAUGUAGUCAGCCUCUCUAAACAGUAAACGCCAACAUUCCUAGCUGCAACGUAGUUGAAAGUUCCUUUGUCACUCUUUCUGAAUCCUGAUUGUUUGAGUUAACAGGCAACUGUACUAAAAACUCGGAGGUUUCUUGAAAGUUAGAUAAUCAGUGGCUUUUCUCAAUAGAGGGACGAGACAGAGUGACAGAGUGACGGUCAUUUUUUUGUUAUCAAUGGACGUUAUCAAUUUUGAAAGACCCAACCGUUGGUUACUGCUGCCUUCGAAAUGUUUCAGACUCGGGCUUUAAACGUAGACUGGAGAGCUUUGUGUAAUCUUAACAUCUAGUUUCUUAUGAUUGCAGAAUGCUUUUAUUUAUCCUUUCAACUGAAUUAAGCAGAUAUUACUUGACGCUCUUCUGUUUUGUGCCACUUUUUUGGUUACAUUUGAGGGAAUAGGUGGGUUUUCUCAAUGUCGGUCUCCUGAUGAAGACUGUAAAAUAAUUCACUCGGUUGGUUAACAUCUGUUUUUGUGCUGUGACUUCCAAAC